AAUUCAGAAUUGAAAAGCCAUUUGGCGCACUAAAUGUGGGAAACAACAACAUAAAUACAGAGAUGUGAACACCAUAGGCUCAAAUGUCGCCACUGGAUUUGCCUUUCUGCUUUCUCUGUAUUUGCUCUUCUGGAGAGAUAAACUAAGGUUGAGCGUGCUCGUAAGUAGGUAGCUAGAUCGCUCGUCUGGUUCGCGAGGAAAAUGGGAAGGUUGUUUCAGAUCUACCUUGCAGGGAGCGUGUAUAGCUGCAAGCACUGCCAUACUCAUCUCGCCGUCCUCGAUGACAUAAUCUCCAAGUCAUUCCUCUGCAGGCAUGGAAAGGCUUAUCUCUUUGAUAAAGUUGUGAAUAUCACAUUAGGCGAGAAAGAGGAUCGAAUGAUGAUGACGGGAGUGCACACUGUUGUUGACAUUUUCUGCGUUGGGUGUGGCUCAAUUGUGGGUUGGAAAUAUGAAGCCGCACAUGAGAAGGGCCAAAAGUACAAAGAAGGAAAAUUCAUCCUUGAAAGGUUUAAGGUGUUGGGUCCUGAUGGAAGCAAUUACUUGAUCACUCAGGAAGCUCAAUUUGUUGGAAGUGAUGCUGAUGAUGCUUGAUUACCGUAUUCAUUUUGGAUCUUGGCAAUAAAUUCCUUAUUUGAACUGCAUAUACCUGGCGUCUUGUGUUCUUGUUAGACCCUGCUAUGCUAUUACAUUUAACCUCUUGGUUUAGGUUAUCCAUUUUUGGAUUGUGGCCUGAAGCAGGCGAGGAACUUCUGAGGAGUUCAUCUUAAUCAUAUCAAUGAUGUUGGGCUUACCCGACAAAGCAGAGGCUGGUCUCAGUCCAUAACAAAUCGGGCCUGUCUACUAAAUGGAUCCGAGUAACCUGAAAAUCAAUGGUUCAAAACCAAAUCCAUAUAUGAAAAAGAAAAAAAAAAGUGUUUUGUAAUGUGAAUUAUAAAGUUUGAACAGUAAAGUCUAAAUCAUUAG